UAGAGGUGGGGCGGGGUAUCGACGAGGAGAUAGGCCCGCGGGCCCCAGUGCGGCUGCGCGGAGUGGUCGACGCUUCAGUUUGACGGUUUCUCCGGCCGCCGAGUGUUGUUUGCUUUUUCUUUUCCUAAAUUCGGUGUUGUUGUUGUUGGUGAGAGGAGAGGCGAUGGCGCAGUAUAAAGGAGCGGCCAGUGAGGCGGGCCGGGCCAUGCAGCUGAUGAAGAAACGGGAGAAGCAGCGGGAGCAGCUGCAGCAGCUCAAACAGAAAAUCGCCGAGGAAAAUCUGGUGAAGUCUAAUAUUGACAAAAAGUUCUCAGCCCACUACGAUGCGGUGGAGGCAGAACUCAAGUCCAGCACCGUCGGUCUGGUCACCCUGAAUGACAUGAAGGCCAAACAGGAGGCCCUUGUGAAGGAGCGGGAAAAGCAACUGGCCAAGAAAGAACAGUCAAAGGAGCUGCUUCUCAAGCUGGAGAAACAGAAGGAGAGGGAACGAAAGAAAGAGGAGAAGAGGAAGAUUGCCAGUCUAUCCUUCACCCUGGACGAUGAUGAGGAGGAGGAGGACGAAGAGGAAGAGGAGGAGGAACCCGGAGAGGAGUCUAAAAGCGAGGACGAGGACCUGAUGCUAGACAUCAUUCCCAUCAAGAAGCGGAAACUGGGCAAAAAUCCGGACGUGGACACCAGCUUCCUCCCGGACCGGGAGCGGGAGGAAGAAGAGAACCGCCUUCGCGAGGAGCUGCGACAGGAGUGGGCUAACAAGCAAGAGAAGAUUAAAAGUGAGGAGAUUGAAAUCACCUUCAGUUACUGGGAUGGCUCAGGACAUCGGCGAACUGUGAAGAUGAAGAAAGGGAAUACGAUCCAACAGUUCCUCCAGAAAGGCCUCGAGAUCCUGCGGAAAGAUUUCAGCGAAUUAAGAUCUGCUGGAGUUGAACAACUGAUGUACAUCAAAGAGGAUCUAAUCAUUCCACAUCACCACACCUUCUAUGAUUUCAUCGUGACGAAGGCCAGAGGGAAGAGUGGACCUCUUUUCAGUUUCGAUGUUCACGAUGAUGUCCGCCUCCUGAGUGACGCCACAGUUGAGAAAGAUGAGUCACACGCUGGAAAGGUUGUCCUCCGAAGCUGGUAUGAGAAGAACAAACACAUUUUCCCAGCCAGUCGCUGGGAACCCUACGAUCCGGAGAAAAAGUGGGACAAGUACACUAUCCGGUAAAGAAGCCGCAGUCUCAGGAGAGUGUCGCGCCUCUGGGCCGGUGCAGGCUGAUCGAUCUGGGAAUACCGUCCCUUGUGUGUUUGUGACAUCCUGUCCGAGUGUCUCCCUGUGUCCCGCCCCGGAAUGCCAUCCCUCCAGAUUCCUCUCGAUUCCAAGAUUCCCCGUCGCUGACAGAUAUUCGAUCCAAUCCUGAACUGGCCCACUCGCGUUUCCAGGACGUUUCUUUACCUUUGCUCCUGGAGGACUGGAUAGCGUGUGUCCGGGGCAAGGCCCUGCCUUGUACCCUCACUAACCUGUGUCCCGUCGAACACUCGUGGUGUUGUCUUGCUUAAAGAUUACUGGACUGUA